AUGUCGGUGGAUUCUAACACUAUUGACCCUGACCUCGAGGCAAACAGUGGUGAACAUGCCUUUCUUAAGAACCGCACUGUCCAUUCCUUUGCUUGGAAAGGUGUCUCUGUCAACGUGAAGGAUCAUGAAACAAAGAAGCCCAAGGCCAUCCUUGAGAAUGCGAACGGUUACGUCAGCCCAGGAGAAUUGAUGGUUUUAAUGGGCCCUUCGGGCAGCGGGAAAACUACUUUAUUAAACGUACUCGCCCAUCGCGACUCUGCUCCUGGCGCCGAGAUACAAGGAGACAUCCUAGUCAACGGACAGAAACUCUCGCUCGAAACUUUUCGAUAUAUCAGUUCUUAUGUUGAGCAGGAAGAUGUUCUUGUGGGAGCCUUGACGGUAGAAGAGACCCUGCACUUUGCCGCUCAGCUGUCCCUCCCCAGCACAAUUACGAAAAAGGAGCGGUUAGAACGUAUAUCUAGUCUCCUUCACGCCUUUGGAAUACAAAAACAGGCAAAGACCCUGAUCGGAACCCCGAUUCGCAAAGGCAUUAGCGGUGGCCAGAAACGUCGUGUAAGCGUGGCUAGCCAGCUGAUUACCUGUCCGAAAAUACUGUUUUUGGAUGAACCGACCAGUGGUCUGGACUCUACGGCCAGCUUCGAAGUGAUGUCUUUCGUACAGAAACUUGCCAAGAAGAACAAUCUCAUCGUAAUCGCAAGUGUUCACCAACCGUCCACGGCUACCUUCGAGACCUUUGACAAACUCCUGGUUCUAUCUGCAGGCAGGACCUGCUACUUUGGACCCGGCUCGGAAAUGAAACCCUAUCUAGACAAAAGUGGACACACGAUGCCCCUACAAAUGAACCCGGCAGAAUUUAUCCUGGAUUUGGUUAAUAUCGACUUCGUAUAUGAUCAAGAUUCAGCGGCUUCCCAGCUUGCACAGAUUCAUAUGAAUUGGGAUAAUUCAGACGAGUCAUUGAGGGUUCAAACCGAGAUACAAAAGCUAGCGAAUAUUACGGAGAAACAACACAUACCCUCUGGCUCAUUGAGCCAUGCGGGAGCCCUUUCGAACGUUAUGACUCUGCUCCAUAGAUCGUUCAUCAAGAGUUAUCGCGAUGUAAUCGCAUAUGGAGUUCGAAUAAUUAUGUAUCUCGGAUUGGCGAUCUUGGUGGGCACAGUCUGGCUCAGACUGGGCUCAGGUCAAGCAAAUAUCCAGCCGUUCAUCAACUCUAUUUUCUUCGCGUCCGCGUUCAUGUCCUUUAUGGCCGUUGCAUACGUCCCCUCAUUCCUGGAAGAUCGAGCAACCUUCAUCAAAGAAAGGUCCAAUGGCCUCUACGGGCCUUUAUCAUUCGUCAUCUCCAACUUCAUAAUUGGCAUCCCAUUCCUAUGUAUGUGA